AUGAUUUCAUCGGUUUUACCACACUACUUGAGUGUGGUCAAGUUCUAUGAUAAGCGUCCUGAAUUGAAGGAAUCACCUAAAUACAAUGAAAAAAAUGAGUUUGAGCUCAUUGAAUCUAAGUUCAUAACUGAAGGGAUUCCUAGACAACAAGAAGAUUCAUUGGAUUGUGUUGUUUUUGUGGCUGCAUUUGCAGAGUUAGUGAGCAAUGACCAGGAUAUUGCAAAUCAACAAUUACGUGCAGACAGUCUCCGAAAAAGGUUUGGGGCUCUACUAUGUGAAUAUGAAGUGAAGAAGCAAAAGAGUAACCUUCAAAGUGAAGACGAAAGACCACAUAAAUAAAUAAAUGUAGUUAUAUUAGUUAAAAUGUCUAUGAAAAUUAUGUUGUCUAAAAAUAGUU